UGUGCGCUCUCCCGGCGUAUAACUCGUUUCUUUUUAUUAUUUCUCUCAGACGUUGUCAAGUCGAGAGCGCAGGCGGGAAGUUCUUUUGCUUUCCUUCGCCGGAGACGGAGUUAAUCGGACCCCUCGGCCGAACUUGCUUUCUUAAUCGUCUCUGUACACAACGACCACGCACCGAAACGAGGUUCUAUUCGUCGUAAAUCAGUUAUACGGCUAUCUUUAACGGUCCACAUACGAACAGCCCGUGUCCAUCUCCAAUGGCGCAAAUUCCCACUCCCCCCGCGUCCCGUAAACCCUCCGAAGCGCCGGAGAUUCAAAAGGAAACCGAAGUCGACACUUUUACCGAACUACUGCAGUCAUUGGAUACUUUGCUGGAGCGGUAUCUUCAUCUCCUCGAUCGGCAUCAGAAACUACAAGCGGGUUUGGCGAAACGGUUGUCUUCGGGGUUUCUGUCUCUCGCGCAGGCCAAUUACACGUGUCCGCCUGGCCGAAGAUAUGGUGCGGAUUACUAUGAUGAACGGAUGAAGGCGACGAGGAGGGUGUCGCUAUGCACUCCAAAGGCCACAAAAGAAUCGGAGAACCCGACUGAAGCGAAUUGUUACGGGCAUACUUUCGCAAUCCAAUAUACAUUGGACGACUGUGAUGACAAACAGUAUAAAGGAAAGGAAGCCUCCGAGAGCCCUUCGAACACUGCGCCAUCCGAUGAGAAUCCAGACAAGCAAAGCGAGAACAACACACAAGAAACCGUCGACGAGAGCAACUCAGAGCAACCUGAAACUGAUCCUAUGCUCCAGAAGCCUAAGCCUAUCAAGAAGUUUCGUUCUUCGGAUCCGAUAACGUGGUAUGGGAUAUUGGUUCCGCUAUCUCUUCGAAGUGCUCAAAGGAGCUUUACGGAAGCUGUGAAUGAUCACUUGUCGGAGUUGGCGAGUGUUAUCAUUGAGAUGGGGGCUGUUGAGAAGGAGGUCCAUGGGUUGCGGAAGCGGUUGGCUCUUAACAGUUCAUAACGACACGAUACGAUAUAACGAUGUGCACACAAAGACUAGAAUAACCGGCAUUCUGCUAUGAUAUCCAUAGAAUAUAUGAUGGACCUAACGAACAACCUUCAUUUGGCUGCAAUUCAUUUCGCAGUAUGGAGACAUAACAGGCGUUGAUAAGUAGGUAGAAACCGUAUCCCAGAGCAUACAUCAAACAACAAUAUAAGAAACAACGCUCAGCGUCUCCC